CCCUCCUCUCCUGGUCGCCGCCGCCGUCCCCUCCGCUCCUCCUUCUCCUCCUUCCGCUGCUGUCGGUGCAUCAUCCCCAGUAAGAGAGUGUAUACAGCGCGGAGGACAUGCGGCUCUACCGGGCCCCUUCGGCACUCUUGGGGCCCCCCGCUGCCCGCCAGUCCGGGUAAUCCUGCACCCUCAUGCUCCGGACACUGUGAUCGCACCCUCGGGCGGCCGGGACGAUGUGGUCCCCAACUGAAGAAGAGAAAUACGGAGUGGUCAUAUCUAGUUUCCGUGGAUCAGUCCCUCAAGGGUUAACUCUGGAACUUGGAGAAACUGUGCAUAUCCUGGAGAAAUGUGAAGGUUGGUACAGAGGAUCCUCUAUCAAAAACCCACAUACAAAGGGAAUCUUCCCGGCCAAUAUCAUCCACCUGAAGAAAGCCACAGUCAGCAACAGAGGGCAGUAUGAGACCGUGGUUCCUGUGGAAGACCCUAUUGUCACAGAGGUGACAUCCACGCUGCAAGAAUGGGCUUCUCUGUGGAAGCAGCUGUACGUGAAGCACAAGGUCGACCUCUUCUACAAGUUGCGGCAUGUGAUGAACGAGGUGAUUGACCUGCGUAGGCAGCUGCUAUCAGGUCACCUUACCCAGGAUCAGAUUCGAGAGGUCAAAAGACAUCUGACCGUGCGUCUCGACUGGGGCAAUGAACACCUGGGUUUGGACUUAGUUCCCCGCAAGGAGUUUGAAGCCGUAGAUUCUGACCAGAUCAGUGUCUCUGACUUAUACAAGAUGCAUCUGUCAAGUCGACACAGUGUUCAGCAGAGCACGAACCAGGCCGAUACUCUCAGGCAGAGACAUAAGGAACCUCGUGCCCCGGUACCUCACCACCUGCUCCUCAACUUGAAGAGCUUCACACACAGCAACAUUGGAGAAGACGUAGAUCUCUUUUUCUCAUUAUACGACAUGAGAGAAGCUCGUCAAAUCAGCGAGAGGUUCAUGGUUCGACUCAACAAGAAUGGAGGCCCCAGGAACCCAGAAAAGCUGGAACGACUCUGCGCCUUAUUCACUGAUUUGAGCAGUAAGGAUGUGAAGCGUGACCUCCACCUUAUCGUCCAUGUCAUCCGGAUAGGACGCAUGCUUCUAAAUGAUUCCCGAAAAGGUCCUUCUCAUGUCCAUUACCGGAGACCUUACGGGUGUGCUGUGCUGAGCCUGGGGGAAGUGCUGCCAGCUCUGUGCGAACACCGAGAUGAAAAGGACUUUGUCAUGAAGGUUUAUAUGUGUAAUAAUGAGAAUGAAUGGUACCAGAUCCAUGAAAACAUCAUCCGGAAGACCAGCACCAAGUACUCCACACCCAGCUCCAAUUACGGUCUUAUUGUGUCUUUACAACUUCUGCGAGGGGACAUGGAACAGAUCCGUAGAGAAAACCAGCUGUUGUUUAAUAGGGGAGCAGCUGUUACCCGGAAACUGGGAUUCCCCGAUGUCAUCAUGCCAGGGGACAUGCGCAAUGACCUCUAUGUAACUCUGGAGAAGGGUGAUUUUGAGAGAGGAGGGAAGAGCGUACAGAAGAACAUUGAGGUCACCAUGCAUGUAUUGUAUGCUGAUGGAGAGAAUCUGAGGGACUGUGUCAGCCUGGGAACCGGGGAGCCCCCCCGCACGCAGUACCACUCAUUUGUCCUUUACCACAACAACAGUCCCCGGUGGGGAGAGCUCAUAAAGUUGCCAAUCCCUAUUGAUCGAUUCCGGGGAUCCCAUCUACGCUUUGAGUUUCGGCAUUGCUCCACAAAAGAUAAAGGCGAGAAGAAGCUCUUUGGGUUCUCCUUUACUCCACUGAUGAGAGACGAUGGGACUACGCUGUCUGAUGACAUCCAUGAGCUUUACGUCUACAAGUGUGACGAGAACAGCACCUUCAAUAACCACGCUCUCUACCUGGGUCUUCCCUGCUGCAAAGACGAUCUGAGCGGCUGCCCCAACAUCCCGUCCAGUCUUAUCUUUCAGCGCAGUCCAAAAGAGACAUUCUGCAUAUCCACACAGCUCUCCUCAUUGAAGCUCACACAAAAUGUUGACCUUCUGGCUCUUCUGAAGUGGAAAGCUUACCCAGAUCGGAUAUUAGACAUUCUUGGCCGCCUGCGGCAUGUGAGCGGAGAGGAGAUAGUGAAGUUUCUGCAGGACAUACUGGACACCCUCUUUGUCAUCCUGGAUGAUAACACAGAGAAAUAUGGUCUACUCGUCUUCCAGUCUCUGGUUUUCAUCAUUAAUCUGCUGCGGGAUAGUAAAUAUUACCAUUUCCGGCCAGUGUUGGACACAUACAUACAAAAGCAUUUUGCUGGAGCCCUGGCCUAUAGAGAACUAAUUCGGUGCCUAAAAUGGUACAUGGAGCGAUCAGCGGAUCUCGUGAGGCAGGAUCACAUUCAGGAGGCUAUGAGGGCUCUGGAGAAUCUUUUUAAGUUCAUUGUCCAGUCUCGCCUUCUGUUUGCCCGUUCCACGGGUGGUCUGGAGGAAGAACAGUUCCGCUGCAGCAUCCAUGAGUUAUUCCAGUCAAUGCGUUUUGUGCUGAGUCUGGACACAAGAAGCUCUGAUACUCUGCUAUUUACACAGGCUGCCCUCCUCAGUUCCUUUCCUGCCAUUUUUGAGGAGCUGCUGGCCAUGUUUUCAGUGACGGAGGUGGCGGAGUUUGUUCGUGGAACACUGAGUAGUCUCCCCAGCACCCUGCACCUGGGCCAGUCCAUGGAUGUGGUGAAGUUACAGUCAAUUGGUAGAACUGUGGAUUGCCGGCUCUUCUCAUACCCAGAGGCUCGCCGUAUUCUCUUACCAGUUGUUCUACACCACAUCCACCUUCACCUUCGACAGCAGAAAGAGCUCCUUGUCUGUUCUGGCAUACUCAGCAGUAUUUUCUCUAUUAUCAAAAGCAGCUCCACGGAGGUGGAUGUAGGGGAAGAGGUUCAGAUGCUGCAGGAGAGUCUGCUGGACGUCCUGCUGCAGACUCUGCUCAUUAUAAUGAGUAAAUCUCAGUCCCAGGAGGCGGUAAGAGGCCAGCGCUGCCCCCAGUGUACAGCAGAGAUCACUGGGGAGUAUGUUUCCUGUCUCCUUUCUCUGCUCCGUUUGAUGUCCGACACUCACUACCAGCAUCUGCUUCACAACUUCCAGAGCAAAGAGGAGCUCAAGGAAUUCCUACUCAAAAUUUUCUGCGUCUUUCGGAACUUGCUAAAGUUGAGCGUCUUUCCUCCAGACUGGACGGUGAUGAGACUUCUGGCCAGCAACAUCAUUGUGACAACCGUUCAAUACGUGUCUCCCGCUGUGCACAAGAACUUCUGUGAAGAGGAUUUUGACUUUAAGGUGUGGAACUCCUAUUUCAGCCUGGCCGUACUGUUCAUUAACCAGCCCAGUCUGCAGCUGGAGAACUUUGCAGCAGGGAAGAGAAGGAGGAUUCUGGAUAAGUAUGGUGAUAUGCGAGUCAUGAUGACGUAUGAGCUGUUUAACAUGUGGCAGAACCUGGGAGAGCACAAAUACCACUUCAUACCUGGCAUGAUUGGACCCUUCCUGGGGGUGUCCCUGGUUCCGCAGCCUGAGGUCCGCAACAUCAUGAUCCCCAUUUUCCACGACAUGAUGGAUUGUGAACAGAGGCGCAAUGGGAACUUCAAGCAGGUGGAGGCUGAGCUUAUCGAUAAACUGGACACCCUGGUGUCCGAGGGGAAAGGAGACGAAAAUUACCGAGAACUCUUCAGUCUACUCUCUCAGCUGUUUGGUCCAUAUCCCAGUUUGUUGGAAAAGAUUGAACAGGAGACGUGGAGAGAGCCGGGGGCCUCCUUUGUGACAUCAGUAACACGACUCAUGGAGAGAUUGCUGGACUAUAGGGACUGUAUGAAAGGUGAAGAAACUGAGAAUAAGAAGAUCGGCUGCACAGUUAAUCUGAUGAAUUUUUACAAAUCAGAAAUCAAUAAGGAGGAGAUGUACAUAAGAUAUAUCCAUAAACUCUGUGACUUACAUCUACAGGCUGAGAGCUACACAGAAGCUGCAUUCACUCUUCUCCUGUACUGGGAGACACUGCAGUGGGAAGACCGCUCCCUACGGGAGUUCCUUCAUUAUGCUGCCCAGAGCGAGUGGCAGCGAAAAGAAAGCCUGACCCGCAAAAUCAUUCACUAUUUUAACAAGGGCAAGUGCUGGGAGUACGGGAUUCCUCUCUGUAGGGAGCUGGCUGCUCAGUACGAGAAGCUGUAUGAUUACCAGAGCCUGAGCUGGAUACUGAAAAUGGAGGCCUCUUACUAUGAUCAUAUCAUAGACCAGCAGAGACUGGAGCCUGAGUUUUUCAGAGUUGGAUUUUAUGGAAAAAAGUUUCCAUUUUUCUUACGGAAUAAAGAGUUUGUGUGUCGAGGUCACGACUAUGAGCGCCUGGAGGCCUUCCAGCAGAGGAUGCUGAGCGAGUUCCCACAGGCCAUUGCAAUGCAACAUCUCAACCAUCCCGAUGACACAAUCCUGCAGAGCGACUCUCAAUACCUACAGAUAUAUGCAGUCACUCCUCUACCUGACACUCCAAGAGUAUUAAACAUGGACCAGGUGCCUGAAAGGAUAAAGAGCUUCUACAGAGUAAACAACGUCCGCAGAUUUCGGUACGACCGUCCAUUCCACCGUGGAACCCGCGACAAGGACAAUGAGUUUAAGAGUCUGUGGAUAGAGCGCAGCACUCUCACAUUGUCUCACAGCCUCCCAGGAAUCUCCUGCUGGUUUGAAGUACAGAAGCGAGAGCUGGUGGAGGUCAGCCCCUUGGAGAAUGCCCUGCAGGUUCUGGGGAACAAGACUCAGGAACUCAGGGCCCUAAUCACACAGUAUCAACACCACAAUCUCCAUGGAAACAUCAACCUCCUCAGCAUGUGUCUUAAUGGAGUCAUUGAUGCGGCUGUGAACGGAGGAAUCACCCGAUACCAAGAGGCAUUCUUUGAUAAGGAUUACAUCACACAGCACCCUGAGGAUGCAGACAAGAUCAGUCAGCUGAAGGAACUCAUGCUGGAACAGGUGCAUGUCCUGGGAGUGGGUCUGGCAGUACAUGAACGUUGUGUCCACCCAGAGAUGAGGCCUCUUCACAAGAAGCUGGUUGAUCAGUUUCAGGUCAUGCGCUCCAGUUUAUACCAGGAGUUUCCCAUGCUGGAGAAGAUGAAUCCAACCUGUGCACCAUUACCGCGCAGCAAUGUCUUAUUAUCUCAUGGGGCUCUGAAUAACGACAGUAUGAGGAUGCUGCACAGGCACAGCCCUCUAGUUGUCCUGAGUUCAGUCCGUCAUUCCUCAUCGUCUCUCUCUUCACACGCCUCCAGUGACACUGGAACCACACCCACUGCUGUGGACAGUGAGACGGAGGAUCCAUACAGCAUGCAGAUGCUGCUACCACACUCCCUACACGCUGGAUCCAUCACAAAUGUUUCUGCAUUAUCUUCAUCGUACACAAGCCCCUCCUCCUCCAGCCUCAGCUCCACCCACUCUGCUCCAUCACAGCUCAUCAAUUCUGCACCCUCCAGCACACGAGGUUCCCCCUCCCUUCCAGAUAAAUACAGACAUUCCCGUGACUUGGUAAUGCUGCUUCCUGCUCCACGGGACCGGCCCAGUAGCGCCAUGUACCAGACAGGCACAGAGAGUGGACAGGUGGUCUUUCAGCGCUGCGUCUACCCCAAAGCACUGUUCCAGCAGGUCCUUGGACCAUGCAAGCCCUGCAGUGACCCCAAUCUCUCUGUAGCGGAAAAAGUCCUGGCAGCUCCCAGCAGUUGGAGUUUGGACAGUGGAACCAGGGAGUCUCUUCCAUUCCUCACUUCCCAUGUUGGGAGUGUCCUGACACCAACAGGGACCACCAGAGGCCUGACACAAGGCCAAUACUCUCUACACUUUGACGCAUUUCACCCCUCUGUGGGGGAUGGAGGUCCAGUGUUACCCAGCAGAUCCUUACGCAAGAGCCCUCUGCACACAAUUCCGGCCUCACCCACCAGCCCCCAGUCUUGUCUUGAUGGCAGUAACUCUCCGCUCUCAGGGAGCGCCAGCAGUGGAGUUUCUUCCUUGAGUGAAGGCACCUUCCCAGGCUGCUCUGAUGUGACUCCCAGCACAGACUCCCGAACUGAGGAUCAGCAGAGCGGAUGUUUCCAACACUACCCCCCUGUGCGGUACAGUCUGUCUGACCCCAAUGGGCUGGAAGCUUCCAAGGUACAACCUUGUCGAAGCCACUCUGCCCCCACAGGCGUCACUCCACCCCGAUCACCCAUUGGUGAGCACGAUGAGGGAAGUGCAGAGCAUGACCGGCUACGGAGGACCAGGAGGAACUGCCACAUGGCCAAAGAACAGGCGGCACGGGUCGGAUGGGAUCACAACAUGAGCAAACCGUAGUCAUGGACUGAAUCAGAGUAGUCUGAGGGGCAAGAGGAGGGAGGUCUGUGUGGAGCGUGCAUGGGUCAGGAGGGUAAGGUGUGGCCAGGUGUUUGCAUAUGUGGAAAAGGAGAAAGGUCAUUGCAUCCUAAGCUGUAUAUGGAGGAUAAGUGGUCAUUGAGUAAAAGAGCAGCUAGUGUCUAGGGGAGGGGUCAGUGUGUGUAUGCCUAUGUAUUCGGGGUACAAUAAGCAGUCACUGUUUGGAGUAGACUGCUUUUGAGGGUCCAUUUCAUUGCGUGAGCUGUUGAGGUUAGUGUGAUUUUGCCUGUGUAUCAAGAGUAUCAGGGUGGUGUAUGGGUGAGAGAUCACUGUAUGGAGAUUGUUUAGGGGUUCAGUGUCCUUAUAAGUGAGAAUGACUUUUAUGUGCCUAAGUCUGUGUAUUCGCUGUCAGGAGAUCAGUAAGCACUAUUUUUUUGGGAUCCUGCAUUGAUGAUGAUGAUGAUGAAUGAGCACCUCUGCUCCUGUUGCCCCUGACCUCCUUCUAGUCAUCUCUGUUAUUUCCAGCUUGUCUCUUGCUCCCAUCCCAGACUCUGGGAACAUUCUGGCCUGUCUGCCCUGUCACCACUUGGUGAUCCCCGCCCCUGGGUUUCACCUCUUGAUGUCUAUGAGGGUAACGAGGAAUAGUAACCCUGCACCUGCACCGUCAUCAUCAGACGGGAUUAGGCGCACCCUCGUUAUUUGUCUUCAUAUUGUAGGCCUCCAGCGGUGCUGUGUUAUGUCUUUGAUGCUCCGCUUCAUGCAGGGUGUGUGUUUGUAUAUACGGUGUCCGCAUGUCCCUCGCACACCCCGUGCCGUCUGGUUUAUGUGUAAAUACGAUUCACUGUUUCUGUUGUGAUAUUUUUUUCCUUCAGAUGGUUGUUAUAUGAAAAUAAAGUUUACCACCCUGAAGAAGUCUGCCUGAGAUUACUGGA